AUGUGUCGUGCUGUUGCUGUUCACAUGGCCAAGAGAAAGAGGGGUAAGAUCGUCAACAUUGGUUCUGUGGUAGGAUACACGAGUACACCUUGGGCUGGUAUCUAUGCUCUCUCUAAGGCUGCUGUUCAUUCUAUGUCGGAUACCUUGCGUAUGGAACUGAAGCCCUUUGGUAUCCAAGUCACUGUUGUUGCUCCAGGCGCCAUUCGAUCCAACAUUGGAGCAGCUGGAGAAGCAGGCAAUCUUGUGCCAGAAGGCUCCCUUUAUGCACCCGUCGCCAACUACAUUAUUGCCAGAGCAUCCUUAUCUCAAGGUCCUCACUCUACUCCAACUGAAGUUUUUGCAUCGCGUGUCGUCAAGAAAGUCAGUCAAGCUACAGCGCCUCGUUAUAUUACUACGGGCGCCAUGUCAUGGAUAUUCAUCGUCCUUUACUAUUUCCCCUUGUUUAUUAAGGAAUUUUUCUUUAACAAACGUUUUGACGCCCAUAAAAGACAAGAACAUGACAUUCUUGUAUGACAUCAAGCAUGUUGUCAAUACUGCUUCCCUUCGUCGAUGUGACAUAAUAUCGGAUGGAAACACAUGUAGGAUUGUCCUACACCAAAAAAUGCAACUCACGCCAUGAUGUGCAAUAUAUUAAUUGUAAUUGAUUCGUCCUUGUAUUUUCUAUUCGACUGUUCUUUUUAUACAUGCUUCCGUAUUCUAUUUUAACCCUUUCUAAAAUAGAUGACACCAGUUCCUUAUUUAUUAUCCUGUUCUGUGUGAAAUAACAAAUAACGGAAUGUUGGUUCCGAGCAUUUUGUUACACAAGCAUAGUGGUUAGACUGCAAACUGGCAAUCAAGCACUGAAAUAGCAAUAGAAAGAAGGUACAUAGAGGACGGG